GAUGAGGUCCUGAAAUAUCCUGUGAUCAAAAUGGAAGUAUAAUGAAAGAAUUAAAAUUUCCAUUAAAGUCUUUGAAUGCAUUGGACACGUGAUGCAAUCGACACAAAAAUCACUCAAAGUUUGAUCAACCUGCAUACCUUUCAAGUAAGAGCUGUGGAUGCAAAGCCCUGUGAAAAAUGAUGACAGGCGCCAUGGGUGUUUUAACACAAGACAUUCUGGUUACGUCUAUCCUCAUGGGCUUGAUAGGCCUUGUGGGACUGAUAGGAAACUGUCUGAUGCUCAGGGCCUUGAUCAGGUACCACAAACUGAGGACAGAGUUCUAUAUUGUUUUUGGUGGCCUCAGCAUAGCAGACUGCCUGUUUCUUGUCAUCAGCGUGCCCGCCCACAUCAUUGACAUGCUGGAGGCUACGGAAGUUAACUCGUUAUUUUGGUGCAGGGGAAGCACCUACGUUAGUAACGCUUGCAGUUUCAUCACCGCCUAUCUUCUUGUGGCGCUUGCUAUUCUGCGAAGCAUCCUGCUGACCAACAGAAACAUCACAAGUCAACCCCGCAGUGUCCAUCUGCUUGUUGUCACUCUCGUUACUUAUGGCCUUGCCCUGAUUGCCUCCAUCCCCAUAAUGCAGAUUUAUACUUUUAAUGACGGCUUUUGUCAAGUUGAUUCGACUAGGGACAUCAUCUCUGACGCUUGGCUUGUCCACUCAUUUGCAGCAUUCAUUCCCAUACUUCUUGUCGCCUUCACCUACAUAAUGACCUAUCUGAUGGGCAAGCGGUAUUUUUCAGACAGUUACUCACGAAGAGAAAAGGAAAAGUCUCGGCUGGUAACUUCCAUUGUUAUUGUUUUCACGGUUUGCCAGCUGCCAUACCGCAUUUUUUCAAUUUAUGAAAAUUAUUUACUAGAAAGUUUUGUAGAUGAAGAUGAAAUGAUCAGAAUGUACACAAUUAAAAACUAUUUAAUGUGUCUUAUAAUGGCAGAUAAAGCUUUUCGCCCAGUUCUGUACUCCAAACUGGCUUCAGACCUCAGUGAAACAUUUGAUGAGGUCAUUAACUGCACUUACUGCAGCAAAUCAUACAACAUAGUGCCUAUUGGGGACAAUUAUCAUGUCUGCAAUACAGAGACAGUCUCAACUAUUACAGAACAACAAGAUUGUGAACUGCGAGAGUCUGAGCGGACGGCUUCCACAUCUUCAUCCAGUUCUGCUACAUCUCAGACUCCGCUAGUUCAUAAAAGUAAAGACCCCAUAGUUGUGGAUGUUGAAAUCUCUUAGAGAUCUUUCAUCAGUCAAUAUAUUAAAAACUGGGAAUGGACAUUUUACUAUCUGGUACCGCCAAGUUCCAAGAAAUACAAUUUUAAAACAUCCAAGAAUCAGACAUUUAUUUUACAAGAAUGCACAAAGCUCACAGAUAGCCUACAACUCAUAAAACAUUACUAAUCUUACUGCUUGAAGGCUUUUCCCGGGGGAAAAAAAUCACUUGUACAUAAAUGUUGUUUCAAUAUUGACUGGACUGUGGCUGGAGAUUGUUCAAGAAGUGUUCAAUAACAAUCUCAAAUACAGACCAUAAAUUUUAAUGGCAUUCUCAAACAUUGUGUUAUGUUGAUCACUUAUAAAUUUGAUAACAUUUAAUUCUUGGUCUGAAAAAAAAAUAAGUUACAUGGUGGAUUUUUUUUUUAAUGCCAAACUUUUUUUCCUGGGCUUUCACUGUUUUUUUAAAAAAAGAAAUGUGUUUUUUGUUGUUGUUUUUGUUUUUUUUUUGGUGGUCCAAAAUGGACUUCAUUGCACGAAAUUGCCUUGAUACACCUGAGGCUGCAUAUUUUUUGUAGUAAUAAUUUAUGAACAUUCAUGAAAUAAUUUUUUUUUAAAGUGUUUUUUCUCAUGCUCAUUUCAUGCAGAAUAAUACCAUUUUAGGGAAAUGAAUUAAUGCAACAACACAAAUAAACAAAGGUGUUAGAAUCCACUAGCUGUAUAAUAAAAACAUGCAUUACUAAAACAAUUAACUACUGAAAACUAAGUUUUAUUUUAUUUUUAAAAUAUAUUUCUUAAUGAAAUAAUUUCAUAUAUGUUCAGCUCAGCCCUCUUGUCAUUUCUAGCAACAUUUUCAAAAAAUUACCUGCAUCUUAAACAGCUCUUGUUCAUAAACACAUCAGUUUUAUGUCACCUGCAGCAGAAUUUUGUAAUAAAAGGAUGUUAGUUUUUUUUAAUUUUGCAGAUAAUCUCACUACAAACUUAAAGUUACUCAAUAAGCAAUCAAAUUAUGUGCAAGUACUGUAAAUUCUAAGUUACACUACACCCAAGUUAUGAUGACUGAUAUUCCAAAUGGCAAAACAAUUUUGAUAAAUUGCACACAAUUUUGUGAAACUUAUGUUUUUCCUACACCAUAAUACUUAAUUAUCCUUUCUUGUACAUAGUCUUCCUUUGCUAUGGACCUCUUGUUUGUAACUUUUUAUAACAUGUGAUUAGAUGACUUGAUGAAUAUACAUGGCCAGGAGAUUUCCAUUCAGAAUUUUUCUGCAAAAUAAAUCUGAUUGAAAUUCACAUCCGAAAAAAAUACAGCUUUGGCAAUAAUAUAAUGUGUUUUAGAUUUAUUAUUGUCAAUUUUAACUAUUCAGUAUUUUAAAAAAAUUAUAUUUUAUUAUUUUUGUUUGUAUUUGUGAUGUCACUCAGGAAUGGCUAGUUUAAAUAAAUAAAUAAUCAACUGUGUCUGACCACUGAACCUUAUAUUAAUCAGGGACAGUUUAAGAAAUUAAGCUCUCAGACAAGAAGCUCAAUGUUUAUAAACAGGUACUUGGGGAAAGUUCUAUGUAAGCGUUUACUGUAGAAAUGUAAUACAUUUUGCUCAACAGCUUUGCUCUUUCAUGUUCUGUGCAUGCACCUCAUUGGAAAGUUCAUAAAUCAUCAUGGGCAGCUAAUGCAUUAUUAGACAAUUGUUUUUUUAAUUAGAAAAUUAGACCCUUAAGUAGGUGGAAAGGAAAAUUCUCUGUAAAUUACUGUAAAGGAAAAUUAGUUGUUAAGAGAACAGCAACCUGUUUUAAAAAAAGCAAGUGUUUAGCACAAGUUGCCUUAUACAUUUUAAUAUUAACAUUUUUAGACUAAUUUGGACAUUUGUUGUUAAAAAAAACUUUCAAGCUAUUAGAUGAGACCAAAGAGAAUGGACAGAUUCUUGUUAAAUGUUUUUAAAAUGUAUUUAAAAAGACUAACUAUCUUUAAAAACAUCUGUUACUUGUAUUUUCUUAACUAUUCUUUUUUCUAAAGUAGAUCGUUAUCUUUUUCAAAUGGAAUAAUUGAAUUUCCAGGAAAUGAGAAUUACACAAAAUAAAUUCUCUUUCAUAUUUAUAAUUGAUAAUAUUGUGACAAGUUUAAUAUCUGAAAAUGUUAUUGACUUUUUACAUUUAUUGUAAGAUAAUUAGUCAUUUUAAAUUGUGCAAUUAUUACCAAAAAGUAGGCGAAAAUGUAAAAUUAUGACAUCAAUGUUCAUUGCUCUUGUGCAUAUGCCAGCUUUUUAAUCAUAGUUUAUAUUCACAUUUAAUCCAUUCUCAAACACAAGGCUUGUUUUUAAUGACUUUUGAAGUCUCUGAAAAUCUUCACAAAUUUUUCUCAAUUUUGAAUCCUUUAUAAAAGUCUGUUGACCACAUUUUAAAUAAGAGUUAAUGCCAAGCAAGAUAUGAUUAGUGUAUAUCCUCAAUUUCUUUAUAACUGUGAUGCAUGUCAUUGAGAUUGCCAAGUUUGUUCAUAAAAUGUGGUCAUCAAUUUUUUCUAACAGUAACAAUUGUUGUUUUCUUUAUUGUUUGGCAAUGGGCUGCUAUCGGCUUCUAUGAGCUAGAGCUAAGAUGGAUGUUAGAAGUGAUCGUGUUUCCCAUUCCCUUACACUUGCUGCACCUUGUUGGCAUUUUAUAUAGAUCAGUGGAGUUUACCUAAUGAGUUUACAAUGAAGAAUAAUGUGUGUAAGUUUACAGAAAAUUGUUGAUAAGGUCUUUUAGUGUAUUAUACAUUUAUAACCUUGUAUCUUAAUUUUAGAGAGCAUUUUACAUUGUUUUUAAUGUUUUUUGGCUAAAAAUAGGACCUUUUUUUCUCUUUUCAAUUAAAGCAGGGAUGGAGCUUAAAGUCAGAGCUGUUCUCAACUCUUGCAAUAUUCUUUUGUUCCAGCAAAAAAAAAUAUUUUUAGAAAACUUUUAUAGAUUUAUUUUAAACCUGAAAAAAAAAUUAUUAUAAGAUUUUAGUUACAUUCAUUUUUAAUCAACCAGAUAACAUUGGAUGGGAAUUAUUAAAUGGAAAAAGCUAGAUUACAUAUUUUAAAAAAAAAAAUAGAACUGAAGAAAAUAUAAUAAAUUUCAGAAAUAAAAGCCCCUGAGCUCCAAAAAUUAUCUGGAACAGAGGACUAAAAAAUGCCUGCUUUAAAAUGCUAGUUUAUUUAGAGGUAAAAGACGAAACCGUUUUUAGACCGCAGCUAACUACAUCACACUUUGAACAGAUUGCAAAGUCUUCAACUACUUGAUUUUCAAAUAUAAUUUUGAAAAACGCCAAAAUUGAAAUUAUUAUUUAAAAUCCGCCUGCAACUAAAGAGUGAUGCACGCAUUUUUGUCCUUUUACUGCAAUAUAUUCAUAAGUGAUAUGAAUAUGACCUUGUAAGGGGAGAAAAAAAAGGAUGGGAGGGGGUCUAUUGGGUCUCUUUAUUUCUGCACUAUUUCUAGACUGGGUUAUCCUUUAUUGUACGGUGAUGCCUAUGUUAAGCACACUUGACUUGUGGUGCCAUACCAACGAUGUAAAGCUUUUUGCUGUAAAGCAAGGGGUCCUUCUAACCUGUUUAAGCAGCCAGUGAAUUUAUUUUAUGUAACAUUGUGUAAUGAGAAACAGUAAUGACGUGUAGAAUUAUGUUGCGGCCCCAUGAUUUCAAAGAGUUUGAGACGCUCUCCUGUAAACCGAUGAAGUUCAAGGUCACCACCGGCUAAGCGACUUUGGGAGACAUUAUAUGUAACACAAACAUGACAUAACUUGUGGUGCAAACACUGGCAUAUAAAGGGGGAGCGGAAGGGGCUGUUCUCCCAGGGCGGCACUUUUUCCUUUAUCAAGAAGGGAGGAAUUUUCAGCCAACCCGAACAGUCUGGGGGGGGGGGGGGGUCAGAGGAGCGACAAAAAUUUAGUCCCGAAAAAAAUAGUAAUCCUAGCUACAAAGGGGGAGCGGAAGGGGCUGUUCUCCCAGGGCGGCACUUUUUCCUUUAUCAAGGAGGGAGGAAUUUUCAGCCAACCCGAACAGUCUGGGGGGGGGGGUGGUCAGAGGAGCGACAAAAAUUUAAUUCCGAAAAAAAUAGUAAUCCUAGCUACGCCACUGGGUGCAAAGCAUUAACUAUUUAUUGUGUCUUACAUGUUUUGUUUGUUUGUUACUUGUAGAAUUAGCUGAUUGCGUGAUUGGCUGCCAUAUAGUGAGAACCGUUUGUAGCGUUGUAAACGGGCUCAUUAGGUCUAAUGAUUAUUUCGACAUUUAAAUAAUUUAAUUAUGAAAAAAAUGGACUUUCAUUUUGCAUGCCGUGUCUUAUUUGAAUCUGUUUGUUUGAUCAUGUCUGCGAGUAUUUUGGUCUUGUUUAGCUGCAUGCUGGAUUGUGCAUGGCCGCACUGCGAGGCAUCAUUUGGCUUUUUGCCAUGGUCUUGAAUGUAGGCCUAAGCCUGCCAGUUAUGUGUCCUCAAUAGGCCACUGUUUUGUAAGUUAUUCUGUACUCCAUCUGAGUUCAGUGUUGUGUGUAGCCACGUGCAAAUGAAAGCGAUAUAGCUUUUGUCCAGUGCAGGCAUGAUGUAGGCCGCACCACAGUAGACUAACGAUUUUAGCAAUUUUACUCAGCUCAAACAGGGGCGGGUUUGAUGGGCGAGACGGUGUAUGGACGUACGUCUUGUACGUUUUGCGGUAAAUACACGAAAAUAUCGAGGUAAUGAAUGUAUUAUUCGAUGCCAUCAUUUAUAUCACAGCGUGGCACUUAACUUUUUCAAGGGCGGAGCCUCUCCAUUGUUUCUCCUGUGAUCCGACACUGGCUUUAAUGAUCCGGUGAAAUGUAUGUUCGGAUAUUUUCAACCCACGGGGAAAUGCCGAUCAAUUGUGGCCCAAUCGUUACACUACCAUCAUUUCCCCUGUCCCCAAUGUUAACCACACACCAGGUGUUUCAGAAACCCAUGUCGCUUAUUUUUUUUUUAAGAGACGCUUGAUCACUUCACCUUGACACACAAGAGCCCAGGUUUUAUGCAACGCGGCGAAAAAUGAAACUUAAAAAUCCAGGUGCCUCCUUAAACCAAAUCAUGUCCCAUUUGCUAAUUCACAGACCUUCGCAUUAGUACCGGCCACCGGUUGCUGUUGAUGCUGCAUGCAUAACCAUUCAAUAACCACAUAGACUUGCUAUAGUCAUCACAUGUAAAAUAAUGCAGGCGAUGUUGAAAGUUCAGUAUGUAGUCAUUGUAGUAGCCAUGGAGUAGAUAGGUUUAGGGCCUCCCGCGGCGGACCAACCUUUUUGCCGCCCCAUUCAACGCAGUUGGCCGUAAAUGCCACCCCCACCGCUCCCAAAUACAAAUACAAAUGUGCCUCCCCUGCGCACCCCUUCCUACGCUACUGUGUAGUUGAUUAAAUUGGGAAAGCACCCGACACUUCUCACCAUACCGGUACCACUAUGAUGUUAUUAGCUUUAAUCCUAAAAUACCGUGUCCUUCUAAUCCCCUGAUAAAACAUCAGCCUGGUUUCACCCGUUUACGUGUACCACUGCGCGUUCCAAAUGUGGGUCCGAAGUUCAUUGCCCUCUACGGAAUGAUGUAGUCACUCCAGCAAUGACCUCGCGCGUUUCUGAUUUCUCCGCAUCUAGACAUCGCCUUGCGGGAGGAAAAAAAGGCAAACGAAGAAGGGGGGAUGAUUUUGUUUUUCCCCAUGAGCCACAGUUGCCAACGAUGGUUUUAGAAGUUAACAGCUGGGAAUUUUCGCCAGAUUUUAACUUGAAGAAUC